AUAAAAAUAGUUUUAGUCUUCUGCUAAACAUAUUGAUCGUUGGCUCAUGGAAUUGCAAAACCAAUUAACCCAAAGGAGAAAAAAGUUGAGUUUGAAAGCUGUAUUCUCUUGGAAAAGAAAAGGAGAUUCCAAAAUGAAAGCUAAAGAUGGAACCAUGAUGAGUGGGCAUGCUACAGGGCUCAUCGCUCCCAUAAAGCAAAAGCCAAAAGUCGAAGAAGAAGAAGAACAGCAAAAGGAGGACAGUGAUGUUGAAGUUGAACUGAGCACACCAACCCGCGCUUUGUUGAUUCUUCCAAUGCCAGAAAGCCUCAGGCUAGGCAGAGUGUCCAACGAUCCCAAAAGCAUUUAAAGUUUCUACUUCUCUUUGUUUCUCAAUGGGUUUCAUUUCUCAAAUCUUUCUCAUAUUCCUGGCGCUCUCACCGUCUGCUCUGUGCCAAGUUACUGAGUUCGUCAGCAUAGACUGUGGAGGAACCGGCAACUACACAGACCCGACAACAGGGCUCAGAUGGAUCUCGGACACGGGUCUCAUGAGCUAUGGCGAGUCUUCGGCGGUGCAGAAUUCCAAUGGGAGCUCGGUGCAGUAUCAGACACGCAGAGACUUCCCAACAGACGACAAGAAGUACUGUUACACCCUCCGAACCGAAGAGAGAAGAAGAUAUAUCGUCCGCACGACAUUCUUGUACGGCAAUCUUGAAACCGAAGCGACGUACCCCAAGUUCGAGCUCUACUUGGACGCGACCAAGUGGACGACCGUGACCAUCUUCGACGCUUCCCGAGUUUACGUGAAGGAGAUGAUCAUACGAGCACCCUCUGAAUCGGUCAAUGUGUGCCUUUGCUGUGCGACGACUGGGGCUCCAUUCAUUUCCACUCUGGAGCUCAGGCCAUUGAAUCUCUCGAUGUAUGCCACUACUUUUGAGGAUGAAUUCUUCUUGGAGGUGGCGGCGAGGGUCAACUUCGGGGCUCUGACGCAGGAGGCUUUGAGGUACCCGGAUGAUCCUUACGAUAGAAUUUGGGACUCAGACCUUGCAAAGAGGCAAAAUUUUCUGGUAGGUGUAGCCUCUGGUACAGAGAGAAUCAACACGUCGCAAAUUAUAGAUGUUAGUACCAGAGAAUACCCGCCCGUUAAAGUCAUGCAAACAGCUGUUGUUGGCACGAAAGGGUCGCUUACCUACAGGCUGAACCUGGAAGAUUUUCCAGCUAAUGCCCGCGCUUAUGCGUACUUCGCGGAAAUCGAAGACUUAGGGCCGAAUGAGACCCGGAAGUUCACAUUGAAGGAGCCUGCCUUGGGUGACUACAACACUGCUGUGGUGAACAUUGUUGAGAAUGCCAAUGGUAGCUACCGACUUUACGAACCAAGCUACAUGAACGUGUCUUUGAAUUUCAUUCUGUCAUUCGCCUUUCAAAAGACCUCAGAUUCUACCCAAGGACCGCUUCUGAAUGCCAUUGAGAUUAGCAGAUAUGCACGGAUUGCUUCAAGGACGGAUGGGCAAGAUCUGGCAGCGGUCGAUGCCCUUCACUCCAUGUCCAGUGGAAGUGUUUUCACAGAUCAAGGUGAUCCAUGCCUUCCUGUUUCUUGGGAGUGGGUUACUUGCAGUUCAAUGACGCCACCAAGGGUCACAAAAGUAGACCUGUCGGGAAGGGGCAUAAAGGGCAUGAUCCCCUCUGAGUUUAAUAAUUUGGUGCAGUUGACGGAAUUACGGCUGGAUGGAAAUUUAUUUUCCGGCAAACUCCCUGAUAUGAGCGGCCUCACCAACUUACAGAUUGUGCAUUUGGAGAACAACCAGUUGACUGGUCCCUUGCCUUCUUACCUUGGUACUUUGCCAAAUUUAAUCGAACUGAAUAUAGAAAACAACUCUUUCACUGGUGAAAUACCUCCAGCAUUGUUAAGUGCAAAAAUUAAAUUCAGAUACGGGGGAAACAUAGGAUUGCAUGGGCACUCAAGGAAAAAGAUGCAGUUCAGGUGGAUACUUGGAGCUUCAAUUGGAGUACUUGCAGUUUUGAUAUUGUUGCUUCUAGGCAGUCUGCUACUCUUGCAUAAUCUUCGUAGAAGUCAGUCUGGCCAGAAAAGCAAUGACAAAGGUGAUUCCUUGCGUACUAGCACCAAGACUUCAACUGCAUAUACAAUCGUUCGAGACGGCCACUUAAGGGAAGAAGGCUCGCACUAUAUAAGGCUUUCUGAUUUGGAAUCAGCUACUGAUGGGUUUUCAAAGCAAAUUGGUAGAGGCAGCUUCGGAUCAGUGUACUAUGGAAGAAUGAAAGAUGGGAAAGAGGUGGCUGUAAAGAUCAUGGCUGAAAUAUCUAACGAUGGGCACCAGCAAUUUGUGACUGAGGUCGCACUCUUGUCCAGAAUCCAUCAUAGGAAUUUAGUUCCUUUAGUUGGGUACUGCGAAGAAGGGCACCAACGCAUCUUAGUAUAUGAGUACAUGCACAAUGGGACCUUGCGCGAUUACAUACAUGCAGAUUCUGUCAAGCAAAAGCAGCUAAACUGGCUUACUCGUCUCAGUAUAGCAGAAGAUGCAGCAAAAGGUCUUGAUUACUUGCAUACGGGGUGUAACCCAAGCAUCAUUCAUCGAGAUGUGAAGACAAGUAACAUUCUGCUAGACAUGCACAUGAGAGCAAAAGUAUCGGAUUUUGGGCUUUCAAGGCAAGCUGAGGAGGAUUUGACCCAUGUGUCCAGUGUAGCACGGGGAACUGUGGGGUAUCUGGAUCCAGAGUAUUAUGGAAACCAACAAUUGACAGAGAAGAGCGAUGUGUACAGUUUUGGAGUUGUCCUUUUGGAACUGAUCUCUGGAAGAAAGCCCGUGUCGCCAGAAGAUUAUGGUUCCGACUGGAACAUUGUCCAUUGGGCAAGAUCACUGAUUCGCAAAGGGGAUGUGAUGAGCAUAGUCGAUCCGAUACUCACUGGGAGCUUCAAGAUCGAGUCGGUGUGGAGAGUUGCGGAAGUCGCUCUCCAAUGUGUUGAACAGCAUGGAGUUUCGCGCCCUAGGAUGCAGGAGAUCAUAUUGGCCAUACAAGAUGCUACCAAGAUCGAGAGAGACACGGAGAGCCGCCUGAAACUGUCUCCCGGCAGUUCGAAAGCUCAAUCCUCUCGCAAGACCUUGCUGACGAGCUUUCUCGAAAUCGAAAGCCCUGACUUGUCGAAUGGUUGCAUAGUCCCAUCCGCUAGAUGAUGAUGAGCGAGCAACACUGUCUGGAAAUUGUCCUGCCAACUCCUGUUAGUUUACAUGCUGAUGAUCUGAUAUGGGUAGUGUAGAGAACUUUUUGAGGUUUCUCUUACAACUCUCUGUAAUGAUUUUAACACAACUUUGUAAAGGGAAACAGUAAGAUUUGAUACUACAUUAAACAGGUAAGAGAACCGCACGCCAAUGAAGUACCGAGAAUGUGCUAGGGAAUGGCUAGGAAUUUUCUUCCUGAA